CCCACCUCCACCAGCGUCUUUACUUGAUUUCUAGUUUUUGCGUUGACCCGCUGCUCACGCUAGCUGGUCUCUCUCUGAGUCUCUGAUGCUUAGGGUUUCUUUCGUCUCACUUUCCUCCUAGAGAGUCGACCAGAGACUUUACUAUACGGAUUCUUCUUGGCGUUUUUACCUCUAUUUUCAAGUCAAGCUCCUGUAAUUUUCUAUUUCCCUCUCUCUCUCUCUCUCUCUCUCUCUCUUAUUUGUUUUUUUGUUAUUCCUUCAUCUGCGUUUACUCUUUCGUUUUCUUCUAUACUCUAUCUGAACAACGGUUAUCAUAUUAUAGUUAGGGGUUUUUCUUUGAAUUGUUAGAUUUAUACUUGCUGCUUCUAUUUCGAGUUUAUUUACCAUCGAUUUUGCUGGGAGAUUUGUGCUUUUGGGACAAGGGUUAUACAGGGAGAUUUGGGUUCUGUUGUUUGGUUAUGUAUUUAAUUUAGACCUUUAGAUUUGAGAUGUUUUUCUAGCAAAUUUUCAGGUUGAAAUUUUGGAUUGAAGCCAAAAGUUCUUUGCUUAUUGAAUAUCUGCUUUAGGAUUUGCUUUUGUUGCCUUUUGUGGUGGGAUUUUAUUAUCUGUUGGUUUUUUGGAGCUUAAUUCUGCAGUACUGGUGUUAAAUUGAAGCUUUCUUGGUGGUACUUCAAUACAGUAUAGUAUCUAGUUUAUUCAAGUUGAGUGUGGAGACAAUUAGUGCUUGAGCUGGGAUUUCUAUUAAGUUCUGAAUUUUGUUUUGCGGGGCUUUUGGAUGGUUUGACUGGUUGGUUUUCUGAAAAAUUGGUGUUUUGGGUUUUUUUUUUGGAGUGAGCUUAUAUUGGGUUAUCAAGUAUGGAUAACUCAAAAAACAGGCAGCAGAAUGAUCAUUUGGGUGUCAACAAGAUGGGCAAGAAUAUAAGGAAAAGCCCGUUGCACCAACCCAAUUUUGCUAACAAUGCCAAUAGGCAACAACCUCAGCCUCAAGUCUACAACAUAAGCAAGAACGAUUUUAGGAAUAUUGUUCAGCAACUAACUGGUUCUCCAUCGCAAGAGCCUUUGCCUAGACCUCCACAAAAUCCACCCAAACCCCAAAGUAUGCGGUUGCAGAAGAUUAGACCACCCCCUUUAACUCCCAUCAAUCGGCCCCAUAUUCCCCCUCCUGUGCCGGCUCCAGCACUGGCAUCACCCCCAGUUCCUUUUAACAAUGGCUUUGUUAGGCCUGGCCCAUUUGGACACCCAGCUCCAACAGCGUCUGGGGACUAUGCUUGGGCAAAUACAGCCGAGUCUCCAAUCUCAGCUUACAUGCGAUAUCUUCAAACUUCAAUAAUGGAUCCUAGUCCGAGGACGAACUUAGCUCAACCACCAUUACAACAACAGCAAGCACAAGGUCCAGGGCAAAUUCAGCCUCAGCAAUCUUCUGGUUUACUUCCUAAUCCACAUGUGCCUGCACUACCGUCACCAAGAUUAAAUGGUCCCGUUCCCCCUGUGCCUAAUCUCCUCUCCCAACAAAUGAGUGGCCCUGCCCUUUUACCUUCACCCACAUCUCAAUUCCUUUUACCAUCGCCUACUGGUUUCAUGAAUUUGUUGUCUCCGCGGUCUCCUUAUCCGUUGUUUUCUCCUGGGGUUCAGUUUCCUCCACCGUUGACACCAAAUUUUGCAUUUCCACAGUCGGGGAUUUUAGGUCCAGGGCCUCAACCUCCACCCUCACCAGGCCUUGUGUUUCCAUUAUCACCAACAGGUUUUUUCCCUCUCUCAAGUCCAAGGUGGAGGGAUCAAUAGUCCAAGAGGUUCUGCAGAGCUCUGUGCUUGAAGAGAAGCCGGUACCUUUUAUGGAGGCUCAUCUGUAAUUCAGGAAAACGUAUUUUCAGACAGAAGGUAUUUAGCUUGGUCUAAAUUGUCGAAGUCCAUCUGGGCCGGGUUUCAAAUAGCGAUCAAGGCCAUUAGAAGGAGGCCUUCUCUGUCACGGAAGCUGGGGGAAAUUGUAUGCUAGCAUGGUGGUGUAUACAUUUAACCCGAUUUUUUUCUUACAGUAUUUUCAUUUAGUUAGGAACUUUUUAGAAAUAUUAUAUUUUAAAAAAAUAUCAAUAUUCGAAAUGUUUAAAAAAUUAAAAUAAAAAAUUAUUAUUAUUAUUAUUAUUAUUAUUUAAAAAUAUUAUUAUUAUUAU